AUGUUUUGGUUAAGCUUGUUACUCGCAGUUGUGGCCUUUUGUGCUAUCACCGCACUGCGUGGUCGUCAAAAGCAAACCCUGCCUCUUCCCCCAGGCCCACGACGAAAAUUCAUCAUCGGAAACCUAGGCGAUCUCCCUAGUCCAGGUCAACAGGACUGGCAUCACUGGACUGAACACAAGGAGCGCUAUGGACCUAUCAGUUCACUCACUAUCCUCGGAAGACACAUUAUCAUUCUCAAUGACGCUAGAUUAGCUACACAGCUGCUGGAGAAGCGUUCUUCUAUUCACUCAUCGCGCCCUCAGCAGACAUUUCCCGAAAUGUCCGGCUGGGACAAGAUCCUUGGGGCUUCUAGGAACCCGGAACACAUUCGGAAGACUCGGAAACACCUACAUCAAGAAAUAGGGUCGAACAAGAACGUGUCUCGUUUCGAGGAUAUCCAAACAACAGAAGUCGGUCGUUUUCUGCUGAGGGUGUUUGAUAAGCCAGAGAAGCUUCAGCAGCAUAUACGCAAAGAAGCUGGUGCAAUCGUCUUGAAGAUCGCCUACGGUUAUACGAUUGAGCCUCAUGGCAGCGACCCGCUUGUGGAUUUGGCCGAUAAGGGAAUGGAAGACUUUUCUUUUGCCUUGCUUCCAGCCACAUGGGCCGUUGAGUUCCUGCCAAUAUUAAGAUUCUUACCCUCCUGGUUCCCUGGGGCAAAUUUUGCAAAGAUCGCAAAAGGCUACAAAGUCAGAGCAGCAGCAUUCAGUGAUAUCCCAUACGCAUUUGUCAAAGACCAAAUCAAACAGGGUACCUUUGUCCCAUCUUUUCUGUCAAACCUUCUCCAAGACAACCCCGUGGAUCCCGGUACCGAAGUCGAGGAUAUUAUCAAAUGGUCAGCUGGCUCUCUCUACGCAGGAGGAGCAGACACAACCGUCUCAUCCAUCGCAAGUUUCUUCCUCGCCAUGGCCCUUUUCCCUGACGUGCAACGCAAGGCCCAGCAGGAGCUCGAUACAGUGGUUGGCAGUGGUCGGCUACCACAAUUCCGAGAUCGAGAGAACCUUGUGUAUAUCAACGCACUAGUUAAAGAGGUGCUUCGAUGGCACCCAGUCGUGCCUAUAAACUUGGCACACUCGCCGACUCAAGAUGAUACGUGUGAAGGAUACCGAAUUCCCAAGGGAUCAUCAGUUAUUGCAAAUAUUUGGGCAUUUACACAUGAUCCACUUGUUUACAAUGACCCCAUGGCCUUCAAACCAGAACGCUUCCUAGAUGCCCCUGACGGGUCUUCUCCAGAGCGAGAUCCUCACAUGCUUGUGUUUGGAUAUGGGCGUCGAGCCUGUCCGGGACGCACUCUGGCCGACGCAAACGUAUUUCUUACCAUUGCACAGUCCUUGGCUGUUUUCGAUAUCUCAAAGCCAAUUCGAAAUGGCAAAGUCGAGGAGAUAUCAAUUAAUUAUCUCCCAGGUGUUAUUAGUCAUCCUGCUCCAUUCCAGUUGUCCAUCCAGCCACGGAGUACGGCACAUCGAGAACUCAUCCAAUCGCUAGGAAAUCUCUAUCCUUGGAGCGAGAGUGAUGCGCAACAUCUGGCUAGUCUACAGACUUAA